CGCGCACACGAUAAGUCACGUGCUCAAGCCAGCUCCGCUCUUCGGUUCCGAGUCCAAGUCCAAGUGCAAGAAAGAACCUCAAGUGAUAGGACAAUCGCCCAGUGCUCUCAGUCAAGUGUCAAGUGUGCAGCAGGAUCAACAAAGGACAAAGAUGGACCACAACAUGCACGCGAAUGCGCCACUCCACCAUUGGGGAUAUGCCGCAGGUCCGGCCGUGGCCUUGCCAGCCACCGCCAGCACCCCCCAGAGCCACUGGGUGCAGCCGCCGCAGAGCCAUCACAGCCACGGACACAACAGUCUGAAGCGUGCGCUCUCCGAGAGCGACUGCGACGACCUCUACUCGGAGGAGUCCUCCAAAGAACAAAUCUCUCCUAGUCAGCCGGGUAGCUGCCAACUGAUGAGCCGCAAGAAGCGUCGCGGAGUCAUCGAGAAGAAGCGACGCGAUCGCAUCAACUCCUCGCUCACCGAACUGAAGCGUCUGGUGCCCUCGGCCUACGAGAAGCAGGGAUCCGCCAAGCUGGAGAAGGCCGAAAUACUCCAGCUCACGGUGGAGCAUCUCAAGAAUUUGCAGUCAAAAACAUUGGACUCGCUCAGCUAUGACCCGCAGCGCGUGGCCAUGGACUACCACAUCAUCGGGUUCCGAGAGUGCGCAGCCGAGGUGGCACGCUACUUGGUGACCAUCGAGGGCAUGGACAUCCAGGAUCCGCUGCGCCUGCGCCUCAUGUCCCACCUGCAGUACUUUGUGCAGCAGCGGGAACUCUCGGCCAAGAGCUGUGCCAGUCCCAGUGGAUGGUCCGCCUCUGCUGCCAGUGCCGUCGGCUACCAGGCAACCGCCAGCUGUGCGGCCACUCCCUACCAGACCUAUGCGACUGCCGGAAAUCCUGUAGGUGCCUAUGUCUCCAGCUCAUCACUGCACAGCUACCCAACGCUGAGUGCAUCGCCCUCGCAGCAGCAGCAACCGCAACAGCAGCAACAGCAGCAGCAGCAGCAGCAGCAGCAUGGUGGAAGGACAAGUGUGUCCAGGACAAGUGGAUCGGGUGGUGUCAAUGGUGAGCCGCUGCCACCACAUGAGCUGCACUCCGAUACCAGCAGUCAGCAACAGCAGCAGCAGCAGCAACAGCAGCAACAACAGGUGCAACAUCAACAGCAACCUCCCACCCAUGUCCGGACUCAGACAACGCCUCAGCCGCCACAGCAACAGCAACAGCAACAACAGCAACAACAGCAGCAGCAACAACAACACUAUACACACGAUCACACGGUUGUCCAUCCGGAGCAACAGAUUCCCACCUACAUCGAUCUGACCAACAGCCACCGACCUCCAGCCAGCGGCGAGAGCCUCAGCUACAGCACAGCUCCCCAGUAUCCCGUGAGCGGGGGGCAGGACUACAACAAUGCCAGCGUCCUGCAAUAUGCCACGCCAAACGGUGCCAAACCCUAUCGACCCUGGGGAGCGGAGAUGGCCUAUUGAAGAGGUGGCAGAAAAUAGAAACAUGAUCAGAAAAAUGGAAAUGUAAAUGGAAAGCCCCAAACAGAGUCUAGUCAGGACCCAGUGUGAUAGUCGUAAGUCUAGCCACAUCCAGAGAGAUCCUAGAGAGAUCAUCUUGUUGAGAUUGGAUAUAGGAAGAGGCACAUUACCUAGUGCCCUAAGCAGCCAUCAAUCAUCUAGAGUUAAGAUCCAUGAACCUUUUGUGAAAAUAUUGUAAAUAAAGGAAAUUGUUUAAUAAGAAA